CUUUUGAUUUAUUUUAAAUAAUUGUAUAGUAAGUAAAACAAUAAACUACUAGCAUUUUACUGUCCAACUGAAUUAAUCUUUUUCAAGUUAUCUCUAGAAUGUAUUGUCCUUGUGACAGGUUCACCCUUAGGUAUGUAGCAUUCUCCAGGAAUUACUACUAUCAUUUGAAAUAUGUGCACAGUUGUCUUCUAUUAUUAUUUGUGAAAAGUGGUAACCCUACUUUACCAAUAUGGUAAUAACAUUCUGAUACUCAUUAAGGUCUUCAUUUAUUUCACAAAUUCUUACUGUACUACAUAUCUUAGCCAUUUUAACUUAUUUAUUCUGGUACAGUUAAUGAUUUAUAUUGUAUUAUAUUCAAACAUUCAUAAAUAAUACAUUUAAUAUUAUUAUUCUGUACAUAAUUUGUUGACAGUGUAUAGGCACAUUUUUAAAAGUUAAAGGUUGCACCUUGCAGUUUAUUUAAUUUUCAGUCUUAAGAGAUUAAUUACUAGAAUGAUAUUAAUUCUAAAGCAAUGAGGUAUGAGUGAAUUACAGGCCUAUUACUGAUGUUAAAAAUUGUAUUGCAGUAGUGAAUAGCCAAUGUGAGAUGGUUUCUUUAACCUUGUAAAACUUUUACUUACUUUUACAUAGACCAACUGUGUCAAACCCUUGCAGGAAAGUGAAAAUUUUUCACCGUGUAAAUUUGUAAUGGUAUAUGGCCUAUACAUGGCUUUAACUUUGAACAGAGUCAUCUUGGAUGUUGAUAAUUGAAGUCACUUCUCCCUAAAUUUUGAGUUGAGCAUGCCCCCUGUUUUAAUAUGCUAUAAUCUCCAUUCUACCAGAAUUCACAGUUAUAGUAUUGCCUGCUAUCUCUUCAGUGCCGGGUUUAGACUUGGUGAGGUCCUAAGCUAUAUAAAGCUUGGAGGCCCCUUGUUAAAAAGUUACACCAGAAGGUCUCACAAAGGUGCAUACCAAAACAGGAUCUUGGGUUGCCACAAAAAAAUUAAAAACAUAUAUAUGCCUUUUAAUUAUUUAAUAGCAAGGUAUUUAAAGUGAAAAAUAAAAUUAUAAAAGCAGAAAAAAAAAAAAAAAAUCUGACAUUUUGUGAGGCCCUAAGCUGUAAGUUGUUUCGCUUAUGCCUAAAUCCGGCACUGUAUCUCUUGUACAUUUCAAGCUAAAGUAAAUUCUUACAAGUAAAGAUUAUCUUUCUGUGCAGUUUAUACAUGUAUUUAUUUUCUGGAAAAAGUGUAAGCAGAUAUUUAGUGGUUUUCAGAGUUAACAUAGGCAAAAAAAAGGUAAACUUUUUGAAUGGUGAUGUUUCUCCCAACAGAUGACUACAGUACUUCAUUUCUUUGGAGAAAUUUGGGAAUUAAAACAAUGUUCUAAAAUUCUAUUUCAAUAUUACUGAAAGUGAAAUAUGAACAGUAUUCUUUGAGGACUUCUGGAAGGCCAGUACCAACUCCAGCAUAUGUAGGUAAUAUUAUUACUACUGCUUCUGUCAACAUCAUCUCAUCUGUCGUACUGCCAGCCAGGGAACCAAGACCCUGCACUGGUAACAUGCAGCCACAAUCAUUGUACAGUCAAAAUAUUAAUUCCAAAAAUACCCCACUUGAAUCAUCAUGUGGUGGUGUUUCCAUAAAAUCUGACCCUCCAUUUUCAUCAGUUGAGUUUAAUCCUUCUUACAAUCAGAAUCCAUACCAGCCCAUUCCACCUUCAGAAUUAGAACAGUAUAAUCACCAAACACCAAGAAUUAAUGGACUUGGAAACUUGCAUGUACCAGUAUGUGCUCAACAGAAUGGACCUGGUGGAGAAGUAGUGGCACCCAGUUUGUUGCCUUCAUUGUCAAAUUCUUCACAGUUUGUGCCAUAUGUUUUACCUGGAUCUAGUCAACAAUCUGCUGAACAGUUGCAUGAGCCAAGACAAAAGCAGUUGUUUCAAGGUGCUCUUAGAAGUGGACCAUUGCAAGCCCAUUGUUCCCACAUGUUGCCUAGACAGAACUCUUCAGUGCCUUCACCAGUUCCUCUUUCUGUCCAAAACUUGCCACAGAAUCGGAGUCAUAUAAGAGAAACACCUUGGCCCUCAGUUCCAUCCACAUCUGCAACAAACUAUCAGACUCUUCACCAGGGUUCUGGAGAACCUAGAUUUAAUGGUCUUCCUACAAGCCCAGGAACCCAAGGCAACUACUCUUCACUUGUAAUGGGUGCAUCAUCCAUAUCUCCACCACCUAAACCACCAGUCCAAUCCUUAGGUUUUACUACAUCAUGUGGGAAUGUUGGCCAAAGCAUAAUUACACCUAGAUGGCUGCAGAAGCCUGAUUAUAUUAAAACAUCACCUACUAGUCAAUCAGUAGUAGGACAUUCUUCCCCUCCAGCCAACAGUAUUGGCUCUACUCAGCAGUAUUGUUUAUCCAAGCAACAUGAAAGGCCUGUUGGAGGAAUUGCAGUAGGCUACGAUCCUGGUUUCUAUGCUCAAAUGGCAAGAAUGAAUAUUCAUGGAAGUUCAUCAUUUUUAUCAGGAAAUAAGUAUAUAAACUUGCUUCAGGAUAGAAAUGUACUUCCCUCUGUGCCUGUAGAACCUCCAAAAACAGUUACAUCAUAUGACAAACCAACUUGCAACCCUGAUAUAUUCAGGUGCACUAUGACAAAAAUACCUGAAAGCCACUCAUUGCUUCAGAAGUCUCGACUUCCUUUAGGAAUACUUAUACAUCCUUUCAAAGAUCUAGAUCAUAUUCCAGUGAUUCAGUGUGGAUGUAUAGUGCGAUGUAGAUCGUGUCGUACGUACAUAAACCCUUAUGUGACUUUUGUUGAUCAGUGCAGAUGGAAAUGUAACCUGUGUUUUCGAGUUAAUGAUUUACCAGAAGAGUUUCUUUAUGAUCGUGUUACCAUGUCAUAUGGAGAUCCUUUCAGAAGACCAGAGAUGAAAAAUGCGACUGUUGAAUUUAUUGCACCCUCAGAGUAUAUGUUGCGACCACCACAGCCAGCAGUGUACCUUUAUGUUUUGGAUGUGUCACAUGGAGCCUUAGAGACAGGUUACCUUUCAGUUUUCUGUAAAACUCUGUUAGAAGAACUUCAUAACCUCCCUGGAGAUUGUCGAACAAGAAUAGGUUUCAUCACGUUUGAUAGAAGUGUUCACUUCUAUGAUCUUUCUGAGGGUCGUAAUCAACCUUCCAUGUUAGUUAUGUCAGACGUAGAAGAUGUAUUUUUGCCAUUAUCAGAUGGUUUGAUUGUGAACUUCUAUGAAAAUAAAUCAUUAAUAGAAGACCUUUUAAAAGAGCUUCCAAGUAGGUUUGUUGAAAAUGAAGAUACAAAUUCUGCUCUUGGAGCAGCUUUACAGGCAGCUUACAAGUUAGUGGCUCCUACAGGAGGAAGGGUCACAGUUAUGCAAACACGUUUACCAAAUAUUGGACCCGGAGCUUUAAAGCCGAGAGAAGAUCCUACCCACUUUACAGCCAAAGAUGUUGCCAACUUGGGGCCUGCUACAGAUUUUUAUAAGAAGUUGGCCCUUGAUUGCUCAAGACAACAGAUAGCUGUUGAUCUCUUCAUGCUGAAUUCACAGUAUGCUGAUUUGGCCUCCUUGGUUUGUAUAUCCAAAUUCUCUGCUGGUAGUAUCUACUAUUUUCCUGGUUUCCAUGUGACAUUGAAUAAGUUUCAGACACAGAAGUAUCAAAAAGAGUUACAACACUAUCUUACCAGAAAAAUUGGGUUUGAAGCAGUAAUGAGAAUAAGGUGCACGAGAGGUUUAUCUCUCCACACGUUCCAUGGAAACUUUUUUGUCAGGUCCACAGAUUUAUUAUCUCUUCCUAAUGUGAAUCCUGAUACUGGAUAUGGCUUGCAGAUAGCCAUAGAGGAUAAUUUAACAGAUUGUAAGAAUGUGUGUUUUCAAGUUGCUGUUCUUUACACAUCAAGUAGAGGGGAAAGAAGAAUUCGUGUCCAUACCUUGAGCCUUCCAGUAGUAAAAGGUGUAACAGAAGUACUUGAGAGUGCUGACCAGGAGUGUAUUGUAGGCCUCUUAGCUAAGAUGGCUGUUGACAGAAGUAUUUCAUCUUCAUUGGCUGAUGCACGAGAAGCUAUGGUCAGUGCUUGUUGUGAUAUAUUAAAUGUCUACCAGAAUACUUUGCCAGCAGGCCAAACUGCAGGAGCACUAGUGAUACCUUACUGUAGUCGUCUAAUACCUCUUUUUAUCCUUGCUCUACUGAAAAAUGUAGCAUUCAGAGUAGGUGUUGAAACAAGGUUGGAUGAAAGAGUCUUUGCAAUGGAGCAGAUGAAGUGUUUGCCAUUAAGCUACUUGAUGACACACAUCUACCCUCGAAUGUACCCUGUACAUGCGUUGGAUGAUAAUAAUGCCAUUUCUACUGAUGAUGGAGUAACAGUAUCACAGCCUCCUGUUCUACAGCUGACAAUUGAAAAACUAGAUUAUACAGGAGCAUAUCUUUUGGAUGCAGUAUCCUGUAUGUAUCUUUAUAUUGGACGAGGAAUCAGUGGUCAUUUUUGUUCUUCUGUUUUAGGAGUUUCAACAUUUGCAGCCAUUCAGGAAGGAAUGAUUGGGUUGCCGGAGCUUGACACACCAGAGUCAGUUAGACUUAGAUACUUUGUAGCUUGGCUUCUUUCUCAGCGACCAUUCCAUAGUCCACUAUUAAUACUGAGGGAGGACAGCAAGGACCGUUAUAAAUUUCUACAGCACAUGAUAGAGGAUCGGUCAGAGUCAUCUCUCUCCUACUAUGAAUUCUUGCAGCACUUGAAGCAACAUAUAUCUAAAUGAAGUUGAAUGGAUAGCAUAUAUAUAAUAAAGUGAAACUCGUGGUCUCUGCAGGAGUAACUUUGUUAGAUUGACAUGAUAAUUGGGACUUAAUAUUUUAUGUGAUAGUAUCACUAAUCCUUUGUCCUGACAUGUUCAUGUAGACAUUUCUUGAAAGCAAACAGUUUAAGAGGAAAACAAAAUUCAUGUAUAGAAAAUUAACAAAAAUCAACUGGAAAAGCUUGAAAGUGCUUCUAUUCAUUAUGAAACAAAUUUCGAAUGCCAUGAUGAAGAUGUGAACAGUGUGUGUAUGUGUGUGUGUGAUGUUGCAGAAAAUCUUAGAGAAGAUAAAGAUUUAUGCAAGUUUUGAUAGUAUAUAAAAUUUUCACCAGAGGAAUGAUAAACAUAUUAAGUAGAAGGAUUUUGUAAUUUGAUUCAAGUUUGUUUUUCAAAGAAUGGAAGAAAAUUUUGUGAAGAGAGGAGAGAAACUCUUAGUUGACAAAGUUUGUGCAGAUAUUAACAUGCUGUUUUGAUUUAGCAGAACAACAUUUACAAGUACAUGAUUUGGCUUCAGUGUAUAGUACAUUGAAGUACUGUACUUAUCAAGUACUGUGGUGUAUAUGCCUUUUCUUACUAAAGUUGUUCUCUUAUUUUAGAAAACUACUCAUACUGUGAUAGCAGUACAUGUUAUACUUUAGUGCUGAGUUUUUACUGUCACUAUACUGUAAUCUAGUUUGGUUGGCACCUUUGGUACAAGUAUCAAAUAUAUAAAUGAAAAACACACCUACACUUAAUGAUAUUCAGUGAAGAACAUGAAAAAUACAGUUACUGAAAAAGAUAAAAAAAAAGGCUUAAAAUAUGUGUGUGAUUUUAAAGGGCUCAUUAUUAAGGUUGUUUUGUAGAAGUUCAGUGCAAGUUAUAAUUAGUUCUUUCUAUUUUGAUACUUAUGUAUAGUUCUUUGCUCUUGAGUUUGCUGUAUGAUAUUCUGUAUGGCUGUACUAGAUAAGCAUUAUAUGUUUGUGUGUGUUUGUGUGUAUAUAUCUAAAUAAACAUUGUAUCAGUUUCAUGAUAAAAAACAUGUAUAGCAAAA